CAGUGAGGAGCCGCUGACAGUUUUGUUUGGAUUUGUGGCGCAGCGCUGAGCCCUGGUGGGUCUCGCCAUUGUGCGAGCGGCGAGCCGGGUGUGAUGGCGGCGGAGGCUGAGGCAGGGGCCGACCCCGCUUCCGCGGAGUGGGAGGCUCCCACGCGCCUGUUGCGGGCUCUCACCUGGCUCGGCCAGGAGUUCCUGUCGGACUGGGAGGCCCAGGACUUGCGGGCCGCCCUCUUCCAGCUGCUGCUGCUCUGGCUGCUGGUGAGCUUGCUCGGCAUCCAGGUGGCCUGGCGGGUCUACGGGAACACCGUCACCAGCCUCUACUACCGGCAAGGUGCUGGAGGACAGAAUGGAGAAACUCCAGAUGGCUCUUCACACUUUUCUACGUGGGAGAGCUCAAGCAACACAAAUACAAAAACACAUCGAGAGUAACAGCAGAGGUGACCAAGCCAGGCUCCUGCUGCACCAGGAGCCCAGAGGAUGGGGAUGCUUGCCUGCCUGCCUGCCCACUCAGAGGCCUUGCGGAUUCAGUGCAAAGGGAAAGUGCAAUCAAAAUUGUCAUUUCUCCCAUGCUAUGGUUUAGUUGCUGGCCAUCACUGGUGCUGUGAGGACUGCUCCUAUCCGUCCAGUUGCCAAGCUCUGAAUCUCAGGAUUGCUUUACUCAGGUUCGGGAAGCUGCAAUUCCCCUCCCCCAAUCCCCUAUUACGUUAUUUCCAUUGUUCUUCUAUGUGCCACAAACCUAUCUGCAGACUGACCUCCAGCCUAUCUUUUCUCAGCAUUAAAUUGCUGGCAAAGAGACCUCAUUUCUUUCUGUUGUGGUUCUUGAAGUCCUGUGGCCCUGAGCCAGCUUCUGCUUAGAAAGGACACAGGCUCAUUUUUCCAGUUGAGCAUGAAUCAUCAGUUGCCAUCUUAUUCUGAGUAGUUGGGGCCUAACAAUAAACUGUAGUCUGAGUCAGCAGUAGCCAAGUGUAUUGGCUCACAGCUUGAGAACUCCUAAGGUAUAUGGCCAAUCACCGAGAAUUCUCAGAGUUCUUCUUUACAUUUGGUAGGAUUGGAGAAAUCUAGCCGGGGCAUUUUUAAAAAAAUGUCUUCCUACUUCUGUCAGGUUUGGAGGUAGCGUGGGCUAAUGACUUUGUGUAGCUCAACACUUUCUAGAAUAGUUCUGCUCAUAACCCAUAAGCCAUUGUGCUUAUGGCUUGAAGGACUGAGAUGAAGUUGCUCUAUAAUUGUGUGAACAAAGAGGUGCUGAUGCAAUACCGAGUUUUUCUUUUCUCUGCCAUGUGCUGCCACUUAUUGCAGAGUUUGUAAUAUAGAUUAUAAAGAUGUAAUUAAAAGAAAACAAAAGUAGCUUGGUUGUUAUUGUAGCCACUGCAUGUGAACUGCAUUUUAUUAGUGAAGGGCCCUGCUACCUACUGAGCAGAAAAGCAUCCACAUUUUAAUUUUUUAAAAAAUUGAAGGGGAGGUGUGCCACUUUUCCAUAUUCUCCUAAAUUUCUCUCCAUGGAGCUAAUAUUAAUUUUAAAUGGAAGCUAACAAUGUUUUUGCCCCAUCAGCUUCUGUAAAUACCGCAGCCUGUUUCUGUUUGGAUAGUUUUGGUUCACAUAUGCUUUCAAGAAAGUGAGGCCUUUAUGGAUUAAAUUAGAAAUGAGGUAGUUCUGAACUGUCUGUCAAAGAGGAUGGUAGCACUUAGCUGACCUUGGAAAAACUAGACUAACUUGAUCCUGUCUAAUACUUAGAUGGAAGACCACCAGAGAAUGCCAGCGCUAUGAGCUGGCCAGAAAACAAAAAGCAAAAAUGACAUUUACCAAAGAUAACAGCAAACUAUUUUAUUGUUGCCAGGAAAAUUUCAUAGAUGUGCCCUGAGCUGUAUUUCAAGAUAUUAUCUGAAGCCUCCAGCUCAGGAAAAAAAAGCAAAGAAAUAAAAGAGGGUUUGUCUAAGCU